CUUACGAGACGCUGAACAAACGCUUCCGAGCCGCUCAGAAGAACAUCGACCGAGAGACAAGUCACGUUACGAUGGUGGUGGCAGAACUGGAGAAGACUCUGAGCAGCUGCCCAGCCGUGGAUUCUGUGGUCAGCCUCCUGGAUGGGGUGGUGGAGAAGCUCAGUGUCCUCAAGAGGAAGGCGGUAGAGUCCAUCCAGGCUGAGGACGAGAGCGCCAAGCUCUGCAAGCGCCGGAUCGAGCAUCUGAAGGAGCACAGCAGUGACCAGCCGGCUGCGGCCAGCGUGUGGAAGAGGAAGCGCAUGGACCGCAUGAUGGUGGAGCACUUGCUGCGCUGCGGCUACUACAACACGGCUGUGAGGCUGGCGCGCCAGAGCGGCGUCGAGGACCUGGUGAACAUCGAGAUGUUUCUGACGGCCAAGGAGGUGGAGGAGUCCUUGGAGCGGCGGGAGACGGCCACGUGCCUAGCCUGGUGCCAUGACAACAAGUCCCGGCUCCGGAAGAUGAAGAGCUGCCUGGAGUUCAGCCUCAGGAUCCAGGAGUUCAUUGAGCUCGUCCGGCAGAACAAGCGCCUAGAUGCUGUGAGACACGCAAGGAAACACUUCAGUCAGGCCGAGGGGAGCCAGCUGGAGGAGGUUCGCCAGGUCAUGGGCAUGCUGGCCUUCCCCCCAGACACGCACAUCUCCCCAUACAAGGACCUGCUCGACCCGGCGCGCUGGCGGGUGCUGAUUCAGCAGUUCCGUUAUGACAACUACCGGCUCCACCAGCUGGGGAACAGCUCGGUGUUCACGCUCACGCUGCAGGCCGGCCUCUCCGCCAUAAAGACGCCUCAGUGCUACAAGGAGGACGGCAGCUCCAAGAGCCCCGACUGCCCGGUGUGCAGCCGCUCCCUGAACAAGCUGGCCCAGCCGCUGCCCAUGGCCCACUGCGCCAACUCCCGCCUGGUGUGCAAGAUCUCCGGCGACGUGAUGAACGAGAACAACCCGCCCAUGAUGCUGCCCAAUGGCUACGUCUACGGCUACAAUUCUCUCCUUUCUAUCCGUCAAGAUGAUAAAGUUGUUUGCCCAAGAACCAAAGAAGUCUUCCACUUCUCACAGGCGGAGAAAGUGUACAUCAUGUAGGCCCCGUGUCGCCGAGGCUCGCCCGGCCAGGCUGCGGGGCUGGGGCCUGCCUUCCUCCCUCCCAACCCCUGCCUGCCCCGGCGUUUCUGUUUCUUGCGACCAAAGAUCAGUGAGGAACAACACCCACUCUUAGGAAGAGGAAGUGAGAGUUACUAAGUCUGUACCUGAGGGCAGCAUUUUGAUCUGUAGGGUUUUGUAAUGUGAGUCGACUGUUGGAUGCUACUGCAAAGUUCUUGCACUUCUCAGAGGAAACUUUCUCUACAGCCCGACCCAAACACUGGGAGAAGCUCGGAACCUCUCAAAAGGAGGAGUCAAUUACUUGUGUUUCUCAGCUUCCUCCUUUUGUUAGCGACCGGAUGUGGGAAGCUUGAGGAAUGACUUGUGUGGGCCACAGCCCCAGGAGGAUGCCGGCCCACCCGUGGGCUGCAGUGACUGCAACCUGAGGCCUUUCCUGACUUCCCUCUGGAGCUGCUGCCAGAACACGGGUGCCACCCCGGGGCUUCUUCCCCAGGGCUCCGCCCACAGGGUGGGCUGUGGGUGUGGGGUUGUGUCCACGUGUAUCUCAUCUACACCCGCCUUACUUCCUUCGAGAAUGUAUUCACUCGGAGAUCCACUGGGCCAAGUUUCUGCAGAGGCCUUGCCCGUGGCUCUGUAACCAUAACGUCUAAAUGCUACUCAUCACAGAAACGGAUAGUUCAGCCGAAAAAGAACCGAUGGGUUUUCAAACAAAUGAACCAUUGCAGUUCACACACAACAUAGUGUAGCGGUUUGUACCUAGCGCUUAUUUUUGCAUGUUGAUGUUGAUGUUGAUUAGCUAAUAAACUGUAAAUGUAAAGCGUGUUAAUAAAAUAGCUUUCUAUUUCUCA